AUGUGGACAAUAUGGAAGGAGAGGAAUUCGAGAUGCUUCGAGGGGAAGGCCAGUACCUUGGAUAACCUACAGAACCUUGUGCUUCUACGAUUGAGCUGGUGGAUCAAAAGUUGGGACGACUCCUUCCCUUACACCUCAAAUGAGGUCCUUCUCAACCCCAAGUGCAUCAAGUGGACGCCACAUCGCAUCACCAACUCAUGCCUAAAAAUCAAGGCAAACCCAGCAAUAUGGCUGCCACCCCCUACCUAUGCCCUCAAGUGGAAUGUUGAUGCUUCCCUCAAUCCAAUCACCUCCAAAUCCUCUAUAGGCGGCGUGCUACGUGAUCACAAUGGGAACUUCAUGUGUCUUUUCUCAAGCCCCAUUCCUUUCAUGGAGAUUAACCAUGCGGAAAUACUUGCCAUUCAAAGGGCCCUCAAGAUCUCAAUGAAUUCGGAUAGAAUGAUCUUUUCAUCACUAAUUGUCGAAUCCGACUCGGCAAAUGCGGUUAAAUGGUGCAACGGUGACAUCAAGGGUCCAUGGAACCUGAGCUUCGCCAUCAAUUUUAUCCGAGGGCUACAAAAUAAGGGGCCAAACAUUAGCAUCACAUAUAAAGGGCGUGAGUCGAACGUCGUAGCUGAUUCAAUGGCCAAGCAAGGCUUGCAAAGGAGAGAUGACUUUGUCGCAUGGCUCUAA